GGGUGGCGCUGCACGGGGGGUGGGGGCGGCCGGCGCCGGCGCACGCCGCCACCACGCUGGUCGGCGGGCUGGUGCCGCCGCGGGAGCCAACCACGGCGGCGGAAGCGUUCUGGAAGAUGCCGCACAAAGACGAGCUCAUGCAUAGCGCUGCGAUGGGCGGAGGGGCGCUCUUCGGGUGCUCCUCCGCCGGCCACAGCGGGAUCAACCAGCUCGGAGGAGUCUACGUCAACGGGCGGCCGCUGCCGGACUCCACGAGGCAGAAGAUUGUGGAGCUGGCGCACUCAGGCGCGCGGCCCUGCGACAUCAGCCGCAUCCUGCAGGUCUCCAACGGCUGCGUGUCCAAGAUACUCGGCAGCUUUGCACGCAGAUAUUACGAGACGGGGUCGAUCAAGCCCCGCGCCAUCGGGGGGUCGAAGCCGCGGGUAGCCACGACCCCGGUAGUGUCCAAGAUCGCCGACUACAAGCGGGAGUGCCCGUCGAUCUUCGCGUGGGAGAUUCGAGAUCGCCUGCUCAGCGAGAACGUGUGCAAUAAUGACAAUAUACCUAGCGUGUCCUCAAUAAACCGAGUACUUCGCAACCUAGCAUCGCAGAAAGAACAAGCCGCGUCCGCGCAAAACGACAGCGUGUACGAGAAGUUAAGGAUGUUCAACGGACAGGCGGCGACGGGGUGGUGGUAUCCAGGGCUUCCCGCGCCCGCGCCGACGUUACCAGCGCCGCUGCCACCUCAGCUGAACCGGCCGAGCAGUGAGGAGCAUAAGAGAGAACAUCUUCCCACAGCGGACGCGCUACAAUCCGAAGCGGGUUCGGACGGGAACAGCGAACACGCCUCCUCAGGAGACGAGGACUCGCAGAUGAGGCUACGGCUCAAGAGGAAACUGCAGAGGAACAGGACGUCCUUCACUAAUGACCAGAUAGACAGCCUUGAAAAAGAGUUCGAACGAACGCACUACCCCGACGUGUUCGCGCGGGAACGACUGGCCGAAAAGAUAGGAUUGCCUGAGGCACGUAUCCAGGUGUGGUUCUCAAACCGGCGGGCAAAAUGGCGAAGAGAAGAGAAACUAAGAAGUCAACGGCGGGACGCGCCUGCUGCGUCCCCGCCUGCACCGCCCGCACCGCGUUUACCGCUCAACGGGGGCUUUAACUCAAUGUACAGCCCUAUACCGCAACCUAUAUCUACGAUGAGUGAUACCUACAGCUCAAUGUCCGGCGGUCUCUCCUCCUCCUGCCUGCAACAGCGCGACGGCGGCUACCCCUACAUGUUCGGCGACGUGCUCGGCAACGGCGGGUACGCCCGAGCACCCGCCGCGCAUCAACACGCGGCGUACAGUCAGCCCCAAGCCGCCGCUAGCACUGGUGUAAUAUCGGCGGGAGUCUCCGUCCCCGUCCAAAUACCAUCGCAGGGGCCCGACCUCGCCUCGAACUACUGGGGAAGACUCCAGUGAUCGCAGCUCUUCGGGUUCCCGCGCCUGCUAAUGCCUGAGAACCCGACAGAGCCAUCUAGCGAAAUGCCGCACAACUACGACCUCUCCAUGAACGCUCUCAACAUGACCGCCGGGCAUGACGCUAUUGAGAUGCCGGAAGUAUCGUAAGUCAGAGAAGAAAGCAACUGAUGAUGUUCAAACCUAGUUUUAAGCGGCGCGCGUGGUAAACUAUGCUGAAAAAUAAAAUUAGUAUUUUUUUGGUAGAAUUUGGAGUUUUUGAGUUUGUUCUACUUAGACCCCCGGGUGUUAAAAUUGGCCCUAAAUCAGUUUUUUAUACGUUCUUACUUGAACCAGUUGAUGUAAAAAUCCAAUUAGUUUAGACAUGUCUUUCUAAUUUCUAUUCCAUAUUCCAAUUGGUUAUUUCUUUAAUCAAUUCUUAGCGGAAUAAACAAAAAUACUCAAAUUAAAAAAAUAUUCAAAUUCUAAUUAUAUUUAUUUAUCAUUUUAUUAUUACAGCUUAAUUUACUGCGCGCGUUUGAUUUUUAAACUAAGCUAAGGGAUUGGGUACCGGAGAAUAAUUUCUAAAAUCCUCAUUCCUAUGUAUGUCCAUGUUUCGAAAUUCUUAUAGACUAUGCGUGUGCAAUUAUUUCAAUCCAGUUUACAAACAUAAAUAUAAUUACAAAUUUCAAAUGUAGGUACAUUUAUUAUCUUUCAAGUAGCUGUUGCAUUUCCCUACUUACAAAAGUUAAUCCAACUAUUAUUUAAGAAGUACCACCUUAAACUACCUACUCUAAGAGUUUUUAAGAAUUUCGUACAUUAGAAAACAUCUAUAAAUUAUUUUAGGAACGUAUUUUAGUAAUCGCGAUUUACGAAAUUAUGCUACGAACCCAAGAAGUUAAAUGUAUAUACAGCGCCAUCUCUGAUCGAGUAGCGGCAGCUUUGAACGCUCCGCGUGAAAUCCGAAAUACAUGUAAAUAAUUGUUUGUGCCAACGUUCUAUGAUAAGUGUUAUGCACCCUUUACGUGCACAACCCUUUUUCUUUGAUGUAUGUAGGGGUGACAAGGAUUAAUAGAAAACGAGGAAAUUCCCAUUCGCCACGGCGUUCGCCCCCUCAAAAUUGUCACACUACAAAUUGUAUUAUUUGUACAAUUCAUAACAGCACUUAGUUAAUUUACGAUAUUUAUUUAUUGAUAGGAAUCAAUUUUGCUGUGAUUAAAUUAGUAUAGAUAUUAUUUUACCACAAAUUGUUGAAUUCGUGUAACCUAAAGCCAAAAUUGCAUUUAUUUCUUCUUAAUACCUGUAUUAUAAUUAAUAUUCGAUACGAUGGUGCUGGUUUCCAGCAAGUUCUAUAUUUUACAUUUAAUUUUAAUGUAAAGUGAACUUUUUAAUAUAUUUUCAUUGUUUAAUGGAAUGAAAUGCAAUACUGACGGGGCGAUAUGAUAUAAAAAGUGUACGUAUUAAUUGUAAUUUAGUUUUUAAGUGUAAAAUAAAUUAUUAAUCGAUUAUAAGUGCAUAUAGAUUGAGGGGAUUACAGUGAAAUUUAAUAAAUAUCGCAUUAACCAUUA